AUGACAUUUACGAGAAGCCCGGAUGAGAUAGUGAGCGGUCUCUACCAGGAACUUCCAAUUGGCAAAGACCCAACCUUCGGCCGCGCCUCUCUCCCUUUCACCCCCGCCGAAAACGAGUUCCGCUCGGCUAAGUACCAGUGGACGGAAGGCCGCGUACAAACCGCAGAUGGAUUCUCGGUUUAUUACCAAACGUGGCAUGAUACGAAUGCGAAGUUGCAGCGCAACGCAGAUGUGCUCUGGUGUCAUGGGUUGAAUGAUUAUGCUGGGAGAUCAGCGGAUGUGGUGAAGCAAAUCCUCGAUGCUGGGUUCCGGCUCAUCAUGCCCGACUUACCAUCAUUCGGGCGAUCAAGCGGGCUACACGCCUACAUGACCGAUAUAUUCUCCCUCAUCCGCGCCCUCAAAACCGUUGCGGACACCGUCCGUUCUCAGAAUCCCACAAGCUCGGGGGAGAAACGCAAGUUCUUUGUCAUGGGCGGAAGUCUCGGCGGCUGGUGUACCCUCGAAUACGGGAUCCACUUUCCCUCCGAAAUCGACGGUCUCGUCAUCCUCUGUCCAAUGAUCUACUCCGUCGGUGACGCAACACCCUCCGUCCUCAUUCAAUGGAUCGCCCGCGUCCUCGUUCACUUCCUCGGCUGGUUGCCUGUGUCGCCGGCGAAUCGGGGUUUGAGUUCAAGCAUUGAGAAUGAGGAUAUCUUUUUGAGUGAUCCACUAACAUAUCAUGGGAAAUUACGUAUCGCGACGGGGUUGCAGUUGUUGAGGGGGAUGGUUCAUGCGCGUGAGAAUUUAGGGAAGUUGGAGGUGCCGUUUUUGGUGAUGCAUGGGAGUGCGGAUCGAGUUUGUGAUAUCAAAGGUGCGAAGCAGCUAUACGAACAAGCACCGGCCAAGGAUAAGGACAUCGAGCUUUGGCCGGGUGCGAUGCAUGAUCUGAUGCGUGAACCGAACACGCAGACGGAGAUUCUGCCGAGUGCGGUUAAGUGGCUUGUUGAACAUUGCUAGAUGAUGCGGCAAGAUCGGAUAUACGGAGUUAUAUGCGACAUCUAUAAACGUUUGCCUUGUUUUUCUCGAGCGAGACUUGUUUUCAGUAUACCAUUAUAUUCCUACAAAUACACAAGAUGCAACGGUUUGUUUAAUGCAAUG